GCACUAAAGGGGCUGGGUGCGGUGGCCUGUCAGGCUGGGUUGAAGUGUCAGGUGUCCAUGGCUGCGGUCAGCCUGUCGGUAAGGAGGCAGAGGGUAGCAGCAGCUGGAACAGAUUGGCUGCUUGCCCUCGCGAAAUUAUCUGCCUUUGUCUGCAGAGAACUAUGAGUCCAGGCCAGCCCGAAACUGGUCAGAAUGGGGAGGGGGUCUGCAGGAGACUGUAACACCCCCUCCCGACUGUCUGUAUUGCACCUGCUUAGCUUGGUACCUCCUGAGUACAGGAACAAAAGGAUUCCUCAAGACUAGCCUUAUGGAUCAGUUCCAUGGAUUCAUUCAAAUCCCUUUUCCAGAAGGAGUCUCCAGUCUCUAGUAAUGUAGAGGGACAAGAGGGAGGUGCUGCUGGUCAUGGGGAAGGAGGUACUAGCAGCUCUGGAGGUACUGAUGGUGAAGGUGAUGGUAGAGGUGUUGCUGGAGAUACCAGUGAAGGUGGUGCCACAGGCAUCACCUGGGAUUCUGGUAGUGGCAGUUGUCAGCUGGGAGCCAGCCCUCAGAAUGGAGGAAGGGACUUGCAGCCUCCAUACUGGACAGCAGUGUUUGACUAUGAGGCAAGUGCAGAGGAUGAGCUCACUCUCCGUCAAGGGGACUUGGUGGAGGUUCUCUCUAAGGACUCGCUUGUAUCUGGUGAUGAAGGUUGGUGGACAGGCAAGAUUGAUGAGCGGGUGGGCAUCUUCCCAUGCAACUAUGUAAGCAGUGCCCAGAACUCCAGAACACUACGGGGCAAGAGGACUGAGGACUGUGCAUGCUACCCUUCGCCACCACUACAGUUGUUGGAGAUUGAUUUCACUGAGCUGGUUUUGGAGGAGAUCAUUGGUGUUGGGGGCUUUGGAAAGGUCUACCAUGGCUUCUGGAGAGAGGAGGAAGUGGCAGCCAAGGCAGCACGCCAAGACCCCGAUGAGGACAUCAGCCAAACCAUUGAGAAUGUCCGGCAGGAGGCCAAGCUGUUCGUCAUGUUGAAACAUCCCAAUAUUAUCGCCCUGAAAGGUGUUUGUCUGAAGGAACCUAACCUGUGUUUGAUCAUGGAGUAUGCCCGUGGAGGAUCUUUAAAUAGAGUCCUGGCAGGGAAGCGGAUUCCUCCAAAUACUCUGGUGAACUGGGCUGUGCAGAUUGCCCGAGGAAUGAACUACUUGCAUGAAGAGGCAAUUGUUCCCAUUAUCCAUCGAGAUCUUAAAUCCAGCAACAUACUGAUACUUGAAAGAAUUGAGAAUGAAGAUCUGAGUAACAAGACCCUGAAGAUUACAGACUUUGGGCUGGCACGCGAGUGGCAUAAAACAACAAAAAUGAGUGCAGCUGGGACCUAUGCCUGGAUGGCACCAGAAGUUAUCCGUUCCUCCAUGUUUUCCAAAGGCAGUGACGUUUGGAGUUACGGUGUCUUGCUUUGGGAGCUGCUUACGGGAGAAGUGCCCUUUCGGGGAAUUGAUGGACUUGCAGUAGCUUAUGGAGUGGCUAUGAACAAACUUUCUCUACCCAUUCCUUCCACCUGUCCUGAACCUUUUGCUAAACUUAUGGAAGAUUGCUGGAGUGCAGAGCCUCAUUGUCGGCCAUCCUUCAGCAACAUUCUGGACCAACUGACUGCCAUUGAAGAGUCGGGCUUUUAUGAGAUGCCUCAAGACUCCUUCCACUCAUUACAGAAAGGAUGGAAGCUUGAGAUUGAGGAAAUGUUUGAUCAGCUCAGAGCCAAAGAAAAGGAGUUACGCUCAUGGGAGGAGGAGCUGACCCGUGCUGCCGUGCAGCAGAAGAAUCAUGAGGAGUUGCUGAGGCGACGUGAACAGGAGCUGGCAGAACGGGAGAUUGACAUCCUGGAGAGGGAGCUGAACAUCAUCAUUCACCAGCUCUGUCAAGAGAAACCCCAAGUUAAGAAACGAAAGGGCAAGUUUAGGAAGAGCCGGUUGAAACUUAAGGAUGGUAAUAGGAUCAGCCUCCCUUCUGAUUUUCAGCAUAAGAUCACAGUGCAGGCAUCGCCAACACUUGACAAAAGGAAGUCUCUAAUCAGCAGUGGCUCUGCCAGCCCUCCAGCAAGCCCAACCAUCAUUCCAAGACUCAGGGCAAUACAGUUAACACCUGGUGAAAGCAGUAGGACUUGGAGUCGGAGUGUGGUACAUCAGCGAGAAGAGUACAGUGAAGACGAGAAGAAAGGCCUGAAGAAAAAGGGUCGCUCUUGGGGACCAAGCUCUCUGUGUCAUUCCCAUGGAGCUGCAGGGCAGGAUGGGAAUCUUAGGCCUUUGGUAGAUGGAAACAGGCAGUGGUCUUCAAGCAGUCCGAAUCUGGGGAAGACACCCAAAAUUGCCCAGGCAUUACCAGGAUUCAGUAGCCUUACUGAGAUGGAAAAUGAAGACAGUGAAUGUUUUAAAGAUGAAUUGGGUAAGCUACCAGAAUCAGUUUCUCCCAGCCAGCCCUACUUGUGCACGCCAUUCCACAGGAGUGAUGAUGGAGACGGAAUCAUGACUGACAACAAUGAAGACCCCACACCAGUGAAUUCUGCCACAAGUACUCCCCAGUCCACCCCCACCAACAGUCUCAAGCGCUGUUGUCAACGUAAGAAGACAGAGAUGGUCCUGUUAGGCUGUGGGGCCAUCCUGGCAGCAGUGGGCCUAGGGUAUGACUUGCUGGAGGCAGGAAGAGGCCAGCCACCCCAGGAUGAAAUUGAGCAAAAGGACGAAAAGAAAAAGAGGGACAGUAUUUUUCAACGUACUGGCCGCAUGCGGAGAAGUACGAGCCCACCAUCAAGGAAGGUUUCUAGAAGGGAGGAGUCCUCCCUUCCUUCUUGUGAUCCUACCACGUUGGCGUUGCUGUCAUUGUCUUCCAUUUCUGAAUGCAACUCCACACGGUCUCUGCUGCACUCAGACAGUGAUGAGAUGGUGGCAUGUGAAAUGGCUGCCACCCCCAUAUUGGUGAAUGAGAAUGUCCAGUUUGUCAGUAAUCCCUUAGUUAAUCUUCAUAUUGAGAGUUUCAAGAGGGACCCCAAACAAUCUCUGACCCCUACACAUGUAACUCAUAUGUCUAAUAUCCAAAGAGGUCACAGGAGAACUCCAUCAGAUGGAGCCAUUCAGUUUGUCACUUCAAUGACUAAUGGCGUUCCUUUUAACAACUGUUUAAGCCUUGCUGGGUCAGGCUUAUCAAAAACUCCUAGCCCCUGUCGUGAUCCUAUUGAGGUGCCUCGUUUACCUGAUCCUAAUAUAGUCUUCCCUCCUACACCUAGACGACGAAUACCUGAUCAAGACUGCACACUGGAACGACCGAAAACCCUGGAAUUUGUCCCUAGGCCACGUCCCUCCACCAACCGUCAACGGCUGGACCCCUGGUGGUUUGUUUCACCCAGCAAAACACGUAAUGAUUCCCCAGCUAACAGCUCCAGCACUGAAACUCCAAACAACCCAGACUCAAGCCUGACCAGCAGUAGCAGCACUGUAGAUGAAAGGCCAGGACUUCCUGGUCUGUUGCCAUUUCAGUCUAGACUUCCUAUUGAUGAACGCACCCUACUAGAUAUCGAUGUAGAAGGGCAGAGCCAGGAUAGUACAGUACCACUCUGCAGAGCCAAAAUGCAGCAAACAGCAGUGCUCGAACACAAGCAUGAAUUCUGGUCAUAGCAUGGAGUAUAUUUAAGAACUUAGCUGCCACUGCACUUGGAAAUGCACUUUGAAGAUUUUGGCUGACUGAACAAAGAACUGUCCACGUGUUGUGUGGCAAGAUGUUGGCUGUGCUUAGCGAGUAGGCUUUGCUGCCAUUGGUAAUUCUCAGUCAUGCUAGUCUUAACGUUCCAACCAUAAUAACAAGUAUUACAUCUCACAGCUUCAAGAACAGGAUGUCAUGAAAAGCUGACAGGGCAAGUCAGGAUCAGUAACUGCUCCAACCACUGACCAGUCAGUUGAAUACUUUUUAAUGCUAUGUGCUAUCCACUAACAUUCAGUGUCUAAGUUGCUAUGAACUGAAUUGAAAACCAGGUCUGGAUAAGCUAUAUUCUCUGAAUGUUGUUCGACUGCUAAGGUGGGCACAGGAUCAAGUUUUCUUAAUAAUAGUAGUAUUUAACAGAAAAUGUCCUUUGCCACAAGUUGAACAUGUUUAGUAUUUAUUUAUUUUAUUUAUUUAGAUAUUUAUUUACUUUAAAUUUUUGCCUUUUCCAUGGCUCAGGGUGUCUCACAAAGGUGUAUACUGGAAUCAUGUCAAAGUGUACAUUUGUAAGAAAGUGCCCAUAUGCUUUGGGUAGUGGUUGUAUAUUGUGCCAUUAGUUACUUGAGAUGUGUUUAUGUUCCCAUUGGUCUCACCAUCUGAAAGGACGCUGGUAUGCAGCUGACAUAAUCUUUGCCCAAAUCUCCAUUUUUAAAAUAAAAAGUUGUGCUUUUUGAUUGUUUAAGGGAAACAGUUUGCUGAAAUCCCAAUGUAUUUCUUCAGUCAGAGCAAUCUUUACUAAGGGAAUCAUUCCUUCAUUCCCUCUGCAAGGCAUCCUGAGAAUCAUGCAGGUAUACAGUCUUACUUAGUUGAAGGAGUGAAGGGCAACAAAACUGACUUCUUAUAAUUAGCUCUGGCUAUUCCAAUAACUGCUCUGAUCUCCUGCAACUGAUCCUUUCUCAAAAUAUCAGCUACAUGAAAUUUCAUGUUGAUUUGUAGAAACACAAGGAAUGAAUGCCAGAAUAAAUGUCGAAAACAGUUUUGUGUAAAUAGUAGUACAUGAGAUGGUCUGCACAUGUCAGUAUACAGCCUCCUAAGGAAGCAGUUAGGCAUGAGGCGUAUCCAUUGCCUAUCUGUUUCUGUAGGCAAGUCUUUAUUGCCAGUCAAGGAGUGGAGUGUAUUUUUGCACAUAUAAAAUGAGUAUGCAAAUCCUACUCAGUUCCUGUACUUACUCUCAGAAGGAUAAUGUUCUUAUGAACCAAAUGCCAUAAUCCUGCAAUGUAAUAUUAUAGGUACAUAUUUGAUGUCUCAUGGUUAUGUUCAUUUUUUUUUCUCUUUGCCUUUCAAGUCUAAACAUCCAGCCAGAAUGAGAUUUGGUACUUCGAUUUGUGUCCUCUGAAACUGCACAUACCAUGUGUUACGUAAAUGUACUGAAUGACUGACUGAUUGUGACUAUAUUAAACUACAUAGUACAGAAAAAA